AUGUCGGCCCGACUAAAUAAGGAAAACCUGGAACGGCGGCUGGCGCGGCCCAGAGGGAAGCGGAAAAAUCCCGGUUUUUGUGAAAACAAACAUGCCACCCGAGACAUCUCCCACAACCUGCUCCAGGCACUGGACGUCGGGCUUCUGGGCAACCUCUCGGCGCUGGCGGAGCUGGACAUAAGCAACAACGAAAUUUCCACAUUAGAGGAAGGAAUAUUUGCUAAUUUAUUUAAUUUAAGUGAAAUAAACCUCAGUGGGAACCCGUUUGAGUGUGACUGUGGUUUGGCCUGGCUGCCGCGCUGGGUGGAGGAGCAGCGGGUUCGUGUGGUGCAGCCUGAGGCAGCCACGUGUGCCGGGCCUGGCCCUCUGGCCGGCCAGCCCCUCCUCGGCACCCCCUUGCUGGACAGCAGCUGUGGUGAGGAGUAUGUCGCCUGCCUCCCCGACAACAGCUCGGGCACUGUGGUGACUGCAGCCUUUUCAGUGGCCCACGAGGGCCUGCUGGACCCCGAGGCCUGUGGUGCCUUCUGCUUCUCGGCCGGCCAGGGCCUGGCAGCCCUUUCAGAGCAGGGCCAGUGCCUGUGUGGGGCGGCCCAGCCCCCCAACACCUCCUCGGCCUGCCUGUCCCUCUGCUCCAGCCCCCUGCCACCCCCUGCACCUGCCGCUGCCUGCGGGGGCCCCACCCUCCUCCAGCAUGUCUUCCGUGCCUCCCCGGGGGCCACCCUGGUGGGGCCCCGCGGACCCCUGGCCUCUGGCCAGCCAGCAGCCUUCCACAUUGCCGCCCCCCUCCCCGUCAGCUCUGCACGCUGGGACUUUGGCGAUGGCUCCCCCAGGGUGGAUGUCACUGGUCCAGCUGCCACACACCGCUAUGUGCUGCCUGGGCACUAUCAUGUGACGGCUGUGCUGGCCCUGGGGGCUGGCUUGGUCCCUCUGGAGACAGAGGUGCAGGUGGAGGCAGCGCCCACUGCAGUGGAGCUUGUGUGCCCGUCCGUGGUGAAAAGUGAAGAGAGCCUUGAACUCGGAGUCCUGAAUCGUGGCGGCUCAGGCCUCGAGGCCUCCUAUAGCAUCGUGGCCCUGGGGGAGGAGCCAGCCCAAGUGGUGCACCCGCUCUGCCCCUCGGACACGGAGAUCUUCCCUGGCAACGGGCACUGCUACCGCCUGGUGGUGGAGAAGGCAGCCUGGCUGCAGGCGCAGGAGCAGUGCCGGGCCUGGGCUGGGGCCGCCCUGGCCAUGGUGGACAGUCCUGCCGUCCAGCGCUUCCUGGUCUCCCAGGUCACCAGGAGCCUGGACGUAUGGAUUGGCUUUUCGGCUGUGCAGGGGGCGGAGGUGGGCCCAGCCCCCCAGGGCGAGGCCUUCAGCCUGGAGAGCUGCCAGAACUGGCUGCCCGGGGAGCCGCACCCCGCCACGGCCGAGCACUGCGUGCGGCUCGGGCCCGCCGGGCGGUGUAACACGGACCUGUGCUCGGCACCGCACAGCUACGUCUGCGAGUUGCGGCCCGGAGGCCCAGUGUGGGAUGCUGAGAACUUCUUUGUGGGAGUGCCCAGCGGGGACCUGCAGGGACCUCUGAGUCUACUGGCACAGCAGGAAGUCCUCUCGGCCCCCCGGGAGCCUGUGGAGGUCAUGGUGUUUCCUGGCCUGAGCCUGAGCCGAGAAGCCUUCCUCACCACAGCCGAAUUCGGGACCCAGGAGCUUGGGCAGCCCGCCCAGCUGCGGCUGCAGGUGCACCGGCUCGUGGCAGGAACAGGGGUCCCAGAAAACAGCAGUGAGCCUGAGAGUGGGUCCCUGGACAACCAGACUGAGUUGGCCCCUGAGUGCGUGCCGGAGGGAUGCUGGUGCCCUGGAGCCAAUGCCUGCGUGCCACUGGACACCUCCUGUCACCCUCGGGCCUGUGCCAGUGGGUUCACGUCAGGGCCCAGGCUCCAUGGGGCCACCUAUGCGCUGUGGAGGGAGUUCCUCUUCUCCAUUCCUGCAGGGCCCCCCGCACAGUACUCGGUCACCCUCGGGCCGGAUGUCCCCGUGCUCCCUGGUGACCUCAUUGGACUGCAGCACGACGCUGGCCCUGGGACCCUCCUGCACUGCCCGCUGGCCCCCGGCCACUCUGGCCUCCACGCCUCGUAUCUCUUCGCUAAUGCCUCGGCCUGGCUGUCCCACCUGCCCGCCCAGCUGGAAGGAGCUCGGGCCGGCCCCGCCUGCGCCCUGCGGGUGCUUGCAGCCACAGAGCGCCUCACCCCGCUGCUGGGCCUGAGGCCCAACUCUGGGCUGCAGCGUCCAGGCCGCUACGCAGUCCGGGCCAUGGUGGGUAACAGCGUGUCCAGGCACAACCUGUCCUGCGUCUUCAGCGUGGUCUCCCUAGUGACUGGGCUGCGGGUCAUCCACCCUGCCCCACAGGACGGCCACCUCUAUGUGCCAACCAACGGCUCAGCCUUGGUGCUCCAGGUGGACUCUGGUGUUAAUGCCACAGCCACAGCUCGCUGGCCAGGGGGCAACAUCAGUGCGCCCUUUGAGGCUGCCUGCCCUGCCACGGUGGCCACCCUUUUGCCUGGCUGCCAACAAGAGACCAACGACACCCUGUUCUCAGUGCUGGCACUGCCCGGGCUCAGUGAGGGGGAGCACGCGGUGGAGGUUGUGGCGGAGAACAGCGCCAGCCGGGCCAACCUCAGCCUGCGAGUGACAGCCGAGGAACCCAUCUGUGGCCUCCGUGCCAUGCCCAGCCCUGAGGCCCGUGUGCUGCAGGGAGUCCUGGUGAGGUAUAGCCCCGCGGUGGAGGCCGGCUCGGACGUGGUCUUCCGGUGGACCAUCGAUGACAAGCAGUCCCUGACCUUCCACAACGUGGUCUUCAACGUCAUCUACCAGAGCGCCGCCAUCUUCAAGCUCUCACUGACGGCCUCCAACCACGUGAGCAACGUGACGGUGAACUACAACGUCUCCGUGGAGCGCAUGAACAGGAUGCGGGGCCUGCAGGUGUCCGCCGUGCCGGCUGUGCUGCCCCCCAACACCACGCUGACGCUCACGGCCAGUGUGCUGGUGGACUCGGCCGUGGAGGUGGCCUUCCUGUGGACCUUCGGGGACGGGGAGCAGAUGCUGGGUCAGUUCAAGCCUCCGUACGAUGAGUCCUUCCAGGUCCCAGACCCGGCGGUGGCCCAGGUGCUGGUAGAGCACAAUGCCACGCACACCUACGCCGCCCCAGGUGAGUACAACCUGACCGUGCUCGCAUCCAACGCCUUUGAGAACCUGACGCGGCAGGUGCCUGUCAGUGUGCGUGCCACCCUGCCUGCCGUGGCCGUGGGCAUGAGCAGCAGCAUCCUGGUGACUGGCCAGCCUGUCACCUUCUACCCACACCCACUGCCCUCGCCUGGUGGCAUCCUGUACACAUGGGACUUUGGGGAUGGCUCCCCCAUCCUGCAGCAGAACCAGCCAGUGGUCAACCACACCUACACCUCGAGGGGCGCGUACCUCGUCCGCCUGGAGGUCAACAACACGGUCAGCGGCGUGGCGGCGCAGGCGGGCGUCCAAGUCUUCGAGGAGCUCCGAGGCCUGAGCGUGCACAUGAGCCCGGCUGUGGAGCAGGGUGCGCCUUUUGUGGUCAGUGCCAUCGUGGAGAUGGGCGACAACGUCACGUGGACCUUCGACAUGGGGGAUGGCACUGUGCUCAUGGGCCCCGAGGCCACGGUGGAGCACGUGUACCUGCGGGCACAGAACUGCACGGUGACCGUGGGUGCGGCCAGCCCUGCUGGCCACCUGGCCCAGAGCCUGCAGGUGCAGGUCUUUGUCUUGGAGGUGCUGCGUAUCGAGCCUGCCACCUGCAUCCCCACACAGCCCGCUGCCCGGCUGACGGCCCACGUCACCGGGGACCCCGCCCACUACCAGUUCGACUGGACCUUUGGGGACGGCUCCUCUAACAUGACCAUCCAGGGGUCCCCAACGGUAAUACACAACUUCACGCGGAGUGGCACGUUCCCUUUGGUGUUGGUCCUGUCCAGCCAUGUGAACAAGGCACAUUACUUCACCAGCGUAUGUGUGGAGCCCAAGGUGGGCAAUGUCACCUUGCAGCCGGAGAGACAGUUCGUGCGUCUGGGGGAUGAGGCCCAGCUGGUGGCGUGCGCCUGGCCGCUGUUUCCCUACCGCUACGUCUGGGACUUGGGCACCAAGGAUGCCGCCCCUGCCUGCACCUGGGGCCCUGAGGUUACAUUCACCUACCGUGAACCGGGUUCCUACUUGGUGACAGUCACCGUGUCCAACAACGUGUCUGCCGCCAAUGACUCGGCUCUGGUGGCGGUGCAGGAGCCUGUGGUGCUCUCGGGCAUCGGGGUCAACGGCUCUCACGUGCUGGAGCUGCGGCAGCCCUAUCUCUUCUCCGCCCUGGGCCGUGGGCACCCCGCCACCUACCUGUGGGAGCUGGGGGACGGCAGGUGGCUUGAGGGCCCAGAGGUCACCCAUGCCUACAACAGCACGGGUGACUUCACUGUCCGGGUGGCUGGCUGGAAUGGGGUCAGCCGCAGCGAGGCCUGGCUCAACGUCACAGUGAAGCAGCGCGUGCAGGGGCUCAGCCUCAACGCCAGCCGCACGGCGGUGCCCCUGAAUGGCAGCGUGAGCUUCAGCACCUCGCUGGAGGCGGGCAGUGACGUGCACUACUCCUGGGUGCUCUGUGACCGCUGCACGCCCAUUCCUGGGGGCCCCACCAUCUCCUACACCUUCCGCUCGGUGGGCACCUUCAACAUCAUCGUCACGGCUGAGAACGAGGUGGGCUCCGCCCAGGACAGCAUCUUCAUCUAUGUCCUGCAGUUCAUCGAGGGGCUGCAGGUGGUGGGUGGCGGUGGCAGCUGCUGCUUCCCCACCAACCACACGCUGCAGCUGCAGGCCGUGGUCAGGGAUGGCACCAACAUCUCCUACAGCUGGACGGCCCAGCAGGAUGGUGGCCCAGCCCUCGUCGGCAGUGGCAAGGGCUUCUCGCUCACCGCCCUCGAGGCCAGCACCUACCACAUCCAGCUGCGGGCCACCAAUAUGCUGGGCAGUGCCCGGGCCAACCGCACUGUGGACUUCGUGGAGCCCGUGGGGUGGCUGAGUGUGACUGCCUCCCCCAACCCAGCUGCUGUCAACACAAGCGUCACCCUGUGUGCUGGCCUGGCUGGUGGCAGCGGCAUCGUUUACACGUGGUCCUUGGAGGAAGGGCUGAGCUGGGAGACCCCCGAGCCAUCCACCACCCACACCUUCGCCACGGCUGGCCUGUACGUGCUCACAGUCACAGCCGGGAACCAGCUGGGCUCGGCCAAUGCCACCACUGAAGUGGCCGUGCAGGCACCUGUGAGUGGCCUCAGCAUCAGGGCCGGUGAGCCGGAUGGCAGCUUUGUGGCUGCUGGCUCCACAGUGCCGUUCUGGGGGCAGCUGGCCACAGGCACCAACGUGAGCUGGUGCUGGGCUGUGCCAGGUGGCAACAAGCUUGGCCAGCAUGUUGCUGUGGUCUUCCCCGAUGCUGGCACCUUCUCUGUCCAGCUCAACGCCUCCAACGCGGUCAGCUGGGGCACAGCCGUGCACAGCCUCACAGUGGAGGAGCCCGUCGUGGGUCUGGUGCUGUGGGCCAGCAGCAAGGUGGUGGCACCUGGGCAGUUUGUCCACUUUCAGAUCCUGCUGGCCACCGGCUCGGCUGUCACCUUCCGCCUGCAGGUUGGCGGGGCUGGCCCCGAAGUGCUCCCCGGGCCCCGUUUCUCCCGCAGCUUCCCCCGGGUAGGAGACCACGUGGUGAGUGUGCAGGCCGAGAACCACGUGAGCCGGGCCCAGGCACAGGUGCGCGUCUCGGUGCUGGAGGCUGUGAGCGGGCUGCAGGUGCCCAACUGCUGCGAGCCGGGCAUCGCCACAGGUACCGAGCGGAACUUCACGGCCCGUGUGCAGCGUGGUUCUCGAGUCGCCUACGCCUGGUACUUCUCCUUGCAGAAGGUUCAGGGCGACUCACUGGUCAUCCUGUCUGGCCGUGAUGUCACCUACACACCUGUGGCUGCGGGGCUGCUGGAGAUCCACGUGCGGGCCUUCAACGCGCUAGGCAGCGAGAACCGAACGCUCGUGGUGGAGGUCCAGGAUGUCGUCCAGUACGUCGCGCUGCAGAGCGGCCGCUGCUUCACCAACCGCUCGGCCCGGUUUGAGGCCGCCACAAGCCCUAGCCCCCGGCGCGUGGCCUACCGCUGGGACUUUGGAGAUGGGGCCCCGGCACAGGACACAGAUGAGCCCUGGGCUGAGCACUCGUACCUGCAGCCCGGAGACUACCGUGUGCAGGUGAACGCCUCCAACCUGGUGAGCUUCUUCGUGGCACAGGCCACAGUGAGUGUCCAGGUGCUGGCCUGCAGGGAGCCCGAAGUGGACGUGGCCCUGCCCCUGCAGGUGCUGAUGCGGCGCUCCCAGCGCAACUACCUGGAGGCCCAUGUUGACCUGCGUGACUGUGUCACCUACCAGACUGAGUAUCGCUGGGAGGUGUACCGUGCUGCCAGCUGCCAGCGGCCAGGGCGCAUGGCCCGAGUGGCCCUGCCCGGGGUGGACGUGAGCCGGCCUCAGCUGGUUGUGCCUCGGCUGGCACUGCCCGUGGGCCACUAUUGCUUUGUGUUCGUGGUGUCAUUUGGGGACACACCAUUGGCACGGAGCAUUCAGGCCAAUGUGACAAUGGCCCCUGAGCGCCUGGUGCCCAUCAUCGAGGGUGGCUCAUACCGUGUGUGGUCAGACACACAGGACCUGGUGCUGGACGGGAGUAAGUCCUAUGACCCCAACCUGGAGGAUGGCGACCAGACGUUGCUCGGCUUCCACUGGGCCUGUGUGGCCUCGACACAGAGCGAGGCUGGCGGGUGUACGCUGAACUUUGGGCCCCGCGGGAGCAGCGUGGUCACCAUCCCCCGGGAGCGUCUGGAAGCCGGUGUGGAGUACACCUUCAGCCUCACCGUGUGGAAGGCAGGCCGGAAGGAGGAGGCCACCAACCAGACGGUGCUGAUCCGGAUCGGCCGGGUGCCCAUCGUGUCCUUGGAGUGUGUGUCCUGCAAGGCACAGGCGGUGUACGAAGUGAGCCGCAGCUCCCACGUGUACCUGGAGGGCCGCUGCCACAACUGCAGCGGCGGCUCCAAGCGAGGGCGUUGGGCCGCACGUACCUUCAGCAACAAGACGCUGGUGCUGGACGAGACGACCACGUCCACGGGCAGCGCGGGCAUGCGGCUGGUGGUGCGGCGGGGCGUGCUGCGGGAUGGCGAGGGCUACACGUUCACGCUCACCGUGCUGGGCAGCUCGGGCGAGGAGGAGGGCUGUGCCUCCAUCCGUCUGUCCCCUAACCGCCCGCCCCUUGGGGGCUCCUGCCGCCUCUUCCCGCUGGACGCUGUGCGGGCCCUCACCACCAAGGUGCACUUCGAAUGUACGGGCUGGCGGGAUGCGGAGGACGCGGGCGCCCCCCUGGUGUAUGCCCUACUGCUGCGGCGCUGUCGCCAGGGCCACUGCGAAGAGUUCUGCAUCUACAAGGGCAGCCUCUCCACCUAUGGGGCUGUGCUGCCCCCCGGCUUCGGGCCACACUUUGAGGUGGGCCUGGCUGUGGUUGUGCAGGACCAGCUGGGUGCUGCUGUAGUCGCUCUCAACAGGUCUCUGGCCAUUGCCCUUCCGGAGCCCAACAGCAGCACCCCGGGGCUCACCGCCUGGCUGCACGGCCUCACUGCCAGCGUGCUGCCUGGGCUGCUGAGACAGGCCGACCCCCAGCACGUCAUUGAGUACUCGCUGGCCCUCGUCACUGUGCUCAACGAGUACGAGCAGGCCCCCGCCGUGGCAGCAGAGUCGAGCCAGGAGCAGCAGCUGCGAGCCCAGAUGCGCAAGAACAUCACGGAGACCCUGGUCUCCCUGCGGGUCAACACCGUGGACGAUAUCCAGCAGAUCGCUGCAGCGCUGGCCCAGAGCAUGGUGUCCAGCAGGGAGCUUGUGUGCCGCUCGUGCCUGAAGCAGACGCUGCACAAGCUGGAGGGCAUGAUGCGCAUCCUGCAGGCCGAGACCACCGAGGGCACCGUGACGCCCACCGCCAUCGCCGACAGCAUCCUCAACAUCACAGGUGACCUCAUCUACUUGGCCAGCUUGGACGUGCAGGGCCCGCAGCCCUCAGAGCUGGGGGCUGAGCCGCCCUCGCUGAUGGUGGCGUCCAAGGCCUACAACCUCUCGUCCGCCCUCAUGUGCAUCCUCAUGCGCUCCCGCGUGCUCAACGAGGAGCCCCUGACCCUGGUGGGUGAGGAGAUCGUGGCCCAGGGCAAGCGCUCGGACCCCCUGAGCCUGCUGUGCUAUGGCAACGCCUCGGGCCCCGGCUGCCACUUCUCCAUCCCAGAGGCCUUCAGCGGGGCCCUGUCCAACCUCAGUGACGUGGUGCAGCUCAUCUUCCUCGUCGACUCCAACCCUUUCCCCUUUGGCUACAUCAGCAAUUACACGGUCUCCACCAAGGUGGCGUCCAUGGCCUUCCAGACACAGGCUGGUGCCCAGAUCCCCAUUGAGCGGCUGGCCUCGGAGCGUGCCAUCACAGUGAAGGUGCCCAACAACUCGGACCAGGCCGCCUGGAGCCACCACAGCCCCGCUGGCUCCGCCGUCGUCCAGCCCCGGGCCUCAGUCAGUGCCGUGGUCACCCCAGACAACAGCAACCCUGAGGCCGGGCUGCACCUGUGGCUCACCUACACGCUGCUGAACGAGCGCUACCUGUCUGAGGAGCCCGAGCCCUACCUGGCCGUCUACCUACACACAGCGCCCCGCCCCAAUGAGCACAACUGCUCGGCCAGCAGGAGAAUCAGCCCAGAGGUGCUGGAGGGUGACGACCACAGGCCCUACACCUUCUUCGUUGCCCCGGGGACUGGAGACCCAGGUGGGAGCUACUAUCUGAACUUCACGAACCACUUCCACUGGUCUGCGCUGGAGGUGUCUGUGGGCCUCUACACGUCCCUGUGCCAGUAUUUCAGCGAGGAGGAGAUGGUGUGGAAGACGGAGGGGCUGGUGCCCCUGGAGGAGACUUCGCCCAGCCAGGCCGUCUGCCUCACCCGCCACCUCACCGCCUUCGGGGCCAGCCUCUUUGUGCCCCCCAGUCACGUCGACUUCAUCUUUCCUGAGCCGGCCGCGGGUGUGAACUAUGUCGUCCUGCUGACAUGUGCCGUGAGCCUGGUGACCUACACGGUCAUGGCCGUGAUCCUGCGCAAGCUGGACCAGCUGGACGUCAGCCGGGUCCGCAACAUCCCCUUCUGCGGGAAGAGGGGACGCUUCAAGUACGAGAUCCUGGUCAAGACCGGCUGGGGCCGGGGCUCAGGAACCACGGCCCACGUGGGCAUCAUGCUGUAUGGGGUGGACAGCCGUAGUGGCCACCGGCACCUGGAUGGGGACAGAGCCUUCCACCGCAACAGCCUAGACAUCUUCCAGAUCGCCACCCCGCACAGCCUGGGCAGCGUGUGGAAAAUCCGAGUGUGGCACGACAAUAAAGGGCUCAGCCCCGCCUGGUUCUUGCAACACGUCGUCGUCAGGGACCUGCAGAGUGCCCGCAGCACCUUCUUCCUGGUCAACGACUGGCUGUCGGUGGACACGGAGGCCAACGGGGGCCUAGUGGAGAAGGAGGUGCUGGCAGCAAGCGAUGCGGCCCUGUGGCGGUUCCGGCGCCUCCUGGUGGCUGAGCUGCAGCGUGGCUUCUUUGACAAGCACAUCUGGCUCUCCAUAUGGGACCGGCUGCCUCGCAGCCGCUUCACCCGCGUCCAGAGGGCCACCUGCUGUGUCCUCCUCAUCUGCCUUUUCCUGGGUGCCAAUGCCGUGUGGUACGGGGUUGUGGGAGACGCUGCCUACAGCCCAGGGCCCGUGUCUAGUCUGAUCCCCUUGAAUGUCGACACCGUUGCCAUCGGCCUGGUGUCCAGCGUGGUUGUCUACCCUGUCUACCUGGCCAUCUUGUUCCUCUUCCGGAUGUCGCGGAGCAAGGUGGCUGGGGGCCCGAGCGCCAUCCCUGCAGGGCAGCAGGUGCUGGACGUGGACAGCUGCCUGGACUCGUCUGUGCUGGACAGCUCGUUCCUCGCCUUCCCCGGCGUCCGCGCUGAGGCCCUCGCUGCACAAAUGCAAAAUGACUUAUUUCUGGAUGAUUCUAAAAGCCUGGUGUUGUGGCCAUCCAGCGAAGGCACGCUCAGCUGGCCGGACCUGCUCAGCGACACGUCCGUCGUGGGCAGCAACCUGCAGCGCCUGGCGCAGGGCCGGGCAGGCUUCGUGCUGGGCCCAGAGGAGGACAGUCUCUCCCGGGUCAGCCCCUCCUCACCUGCCAGACACUUCUCAGCGUCAGAUGAAGACCUGAUCCGGCAGGUGCUGGCCGAAGGAGCCAGCAGCCUGGCCCCCACCCAGGACACGCAGAUGGAGACGGACCUGCUCGCUGGCUUGUCCAGUACUCUCGGGGAGAAGAGGGAGACGCUGAUGCUGCAGAGGCUGGGGGAGAAGGGGCUGCCCAGCCCAGGCCUGAGCUGGGAGCGGCCCCCGGCGGCAAGGCUCUCCAGGACAGGACUGGUGGAGGGUCUGCGGAAGCGACUGCUGCCGGCGUGGUGUGCCUCCCUGGCCCACGGGCUCAGCCUGCUCCUGGUGGCUGCAGCCGUGGGGGUCUCGGGGUGGGUUGGCGCCAGUUUCCCCCCCAGCGUGAGUGUCAUGUGGCUCCUCUCGAGCAGCUCCAGCUUUCUGGCCUCCUUCCUCGGCUGGGAGCCGCUUAAGGUCCUGCUGGAAGCCCUCUACUUCUCGCUGGUGGCCAAGAGGCUGCACCCGGACGAAGACGACACCCUGGUGGAGAGCCCGGCCGUGACUCCCGUGAGCGAACGUGUGCCCCGCGUGAGGCCCCCGCAUGGCUUUGCGCUCUUCCUAGCUAAGGAGGAAGCCCGCAAGGUCAAGAGGCUGCACGGCCUGCUGAGGAGCUUCCUGGUGUACAUGCUUUUCCUGCUGGUGACGCUGCUGGCCAACUAUGGGGACGUCUCGUGCCAAGGCCAUGCCUAUCGUCUGCAGAGCUCCAUCAAGCAGGAGCUGGGCAGCCGGGCCUUCCUGGCCAUCACCCGAUCUGAUGAGUUCUGGCCGUGGAUGUCCCACGUGCUGCUCCCCUACGUCCAUGGGAACCAGUCCAGCCCAGAGCUGGGGCCCCCACGGCUGCGGCAGGUGCGGCUACAGGACGCAGUCCGCCCAGACCCUCCUGGCUCCGGAGUGCACACGUGCUCAGCCUCCGGAGGCUUCAGCACCAGUGACUAUGGCGUUGGCUGGGAGCGAGCAGCCCACAACGGCUCAGAGAUGUGGUCCUACUCCGCGCCCGACCUGCUGGGCGCCUGGUACUGGGGCUACUGCGCCGUGUACGACAGCGGGGGCUACGUGCAGGAGCUGGGCCUGAGCCUGGAGGAGAGCCGCGCCCAGCUGGGCUUCCUGCAGCUGCACAACUGGCUGGACAACAGGAGCCGCGCCGUGUUCGUGGAGCUCACGCGCUACAGCCCGGCCGUGGGGCUGCACGCCGCCGUCACGCUGCGCCUCGAGUUCCCCGCGGCCGGCCGUGCUGUGGCCGCCCUCAGCGUCCGUCCCUUUGCGAUGUGGCGCCUCAGCGCAGGCCUGUCACUGCCACUACUGUCCUCGGUGUGCCUGCUGCUGUUCGCGCUGCACUUCUUGGUGGCAGAGGCCCGGGCCUGGCGCCGGGAGGGGCGCACGCGAGUGUUGCGGCCAGGGGUCUGGGCGCGGUGGCUGCUGGUGGCCCUGACCGCGGCUGCCGCCUUGGUGCGACUGGCCCAGCUGGGCACUGCCGACCGCCAGUGGACCCGCUUCGUUCGCGGCCGCCCUCGCCGCUUCACCAGCUUCGACCAGGUGGCGCAGCUGAGCUCCGCUGCCCAGGGCCUGGCGGCCUCCGUGCUCUUCCUGCUCUUGGUCAAGGCCGCCCAGCAGCUGCGCUUUGUGCGCCAGUGGUCCGUUUUCGGCAAGACGCUGUGCCGGGCCCUGCCGGAGCUGGCAGGGGCCACCUUCGGCCUGGUCGUGCUCUGUGUGGCCUACGCCCAGCUCGCUGUUCUGCUCGCGUCCUGCAUGGAUUCCCUUCGGACUGCGGCCCGGGCCCUCCUGGCGGUGUGCCCGGGAGCUGGGGUCCCCACUCUGUGCCAGGCUGAGUCCUGGUGCUUGUCCCCCCUGCUGUGUGUGGGGCUCUGGGCCCUGCGGCUGUGGGGUGCCCUGAGGCUGGGGGCAGUCCUCCUUCGGUGGCGCUACCACACCUUGCGCGGCGAGCUCUACCGCCCAGCCUGGGAGCCACAGGACUACGAGAUGGUCGAGCUGUUCUUGCGCAGGCUGCGCCUCUGGAUGGGCUUCAGCAAGGUCAAGGAGUUUCGCCACAAAGUCCACUUCGAAGGGAUGGAGCCGCUGCCCUCCCGCUCAUCCAGGGGCUCCAGGUCGGCCCCAGAUGCGCCUCCGCCCAGCGCUGGCUCCGACGCCUCACACCCCUCCACCUCCUCCAGCCAGCUGGACGGGCUGGGUGCGGGCCUGGGCCGGCUGGGGCUGAGGGGGGAGCCUGAGCCUGAGCCCUCCCGACUGCAAGCUGUGUUCGAGGCCCUGCUCGCCCAGUUUGACCGACUCAACCAGGCCACGGAAGACGUCUACCAGCUGGAGCAGCGAUUACAGAGCCUGCAAGGCCACAAGAGCAGCCGGGCCCCUGCCCCACCUCCCCGUGGCCCCUCCCCAGGCCUGCAGCCAGCCCCGCCCAGCCACCUUGCCCGGGCCAGUCGGGGCACGGACCUGGCUACUGGCCCCAGCAGGGCAUCCCUGCGGGCCAAGAACAAGGUCUACCCCAGCAGCACUUAGCCCCAGGGGACCUGGGCUCACACCCCUCUCCUGGGGCAGGGCCUGUGGCUUUGCUCUGGCCCACGGGAGCCGGAGCGGACACACUCAGUAUUACCUUCUGCCGCCCUCCAGGCCUCGCGCCAGGCAGAAUGGCUGCACACCAGUCCCCAGAGAGCAGGCAGGGUCUGUCUGUCUGUGGGCUUCAGCACUUUAAAGAGGCUUGUGGCCAGCCAGGACCCAGGGUCCCCUCCCCGCUCCCAGUGGGAGGACACAGCAGUAUUGGACCGAGUGCCCAGUUCUGAGACGCUAAUUUAUUUCCCGAGUCCUCAGGUACAGCGGGCUGUGCCCGGCCCCACCCCCUGGGCAGACAUCUCCCGGCGCUAAGGAUCCCGGCUGCAGCAGGGGUGACGCUGCACCUCCUGCCGCCCUCCCCUAAGUUAUUACCUCUUCCGUCCCUGCAGUGUACUCCCCUCCUGCUGCCGUCUCACUGUGUGUCUAUCGUAAUUUAUAUGGGGUUAAAAUGUAUAUAUUUUUGUAUGUUAACUAUUUUUCACUCGUGCUGAAGGGCCUGGUGGCUGAAGCUGGGUCCUGCACCCACAAGGAGGCAGAGCUGGCCUCGCUCCCCACACGCCUGCCUGUGCCAGGACCCGGCCUGGCAGCUGUCCGGCCGUGGGCAGGUGCCGGGGCAGCGGUGGAGGAGCACAGCUACCCCUACGGCCUUGGCCUCCUGCCCUGCUGGUGCCGGCCGUGGGCGAGGAGCAGGACUCCGUGUGUCGCGGGACCCAGGGUGGUUAGAGGGGAAGACCCCACCCUGGGGCUGGCUCCCAGGGCGGGGGAGGGUGCGUGACAGUGUGUAUGUGACAG